UCAGCUUGCCUGAAAAAAUUUUUUAUCCCAGACUAUUUCACAUUGGCUCCAAGUAAACCAGCAGGCCCAAAUACUCUGUACCAGCAGUUUCCUGCUUCAUCAGCCCCCAACAGGCUUCUCUUUCUAGUUACUCACCUUCCAUGUGAGAUGCAGUCAGUCAAAGAGGAAAGCGGCCUUUGUGGAAGUAGUGGCCCCAGAGCUGGGACAGAUGUCUCCUAUCAGGGGACAACGUGAAGUCGGUUUUCAGUGGGCUGACGUUUCCUCUGCUGUUCCAUUACUUCCUGACUGUCCAACGGGAUCCUGGCGCAUCUGUCCACAUUAGUACAUCCCUCUCCUCCUGAGCCCAUGCUUCCUAUAGAGUCCUCAUUUUAUUUUCGUUGUGGUUUGUUUCUUAUAAAUAACUUUCAAGAACUCUAUUUACCCUCUAUCUCAGACUUUCAACUCAUCUCUGUAUUCUUGUGAUGCUUCAUCAAUUCUGAUCUCAUGGUUCUUUUAUUCAUUAGCUUCUUAAAUGCUUGAAGAUUCUAGAGGGGGCGUCUCUGGCUGGUUCAUAACAAAUAGCAGCUUUUUCCAAAUCCUGUUAGACUUUAAACUCAGAGUUUAGAUGUGGCUCUUAAGCAGCUCUUCAAAAAGGUUUGGAGUUAUGAUUAUGAGGUAGUUUAAUCAUUAUGAAAACAGACUGAAUAUGUGAAUAUUGUGGAAAGUCAAAUUAAUCUUAAGCAAAAUUUAAUUUUAGUUGCACAGAGAAGAUUAACAUGAAUACCAUGGCUAGUGAGCAUAUCCAGCCAGUAGCAUAGUAUUUCUAAGUUAUUAUUCAUGGUUUUAAAAAUAACUUUAAUACUUUGCUUUUAUUUUAUUAACUGGCAAUCUUGAUAAUCUUGAGAAUUUUAUACACACACACACAAAUGUACUUGUUGAUUUUGGUGAGUCACUCAUUCCAAAUAUAUUAAAAUUGUGGUUAAAAGUUGGCCUAGUCAAGUCAUUUCUUUAAGAAAAAAAGCUAUACUGCUACUAAACAGCUCAAAAAAUGGGUAGUAAAUAGAAACAAAUUGUUCAAGAGGAAUAUAAAUUUUUCAAGAGAAAACACCUUUUUCUUUUCUUUAUACAUUAUGCUAUUGUUACUUCAUGUAUCUAAUUAUAUUUUUUAUCAAAAUGUAAUAAUCUAAUUAGACAACAAAAGUUUAAUGCCUUUUAUUAUUCGGUAUUGUUUUGGAUAUCAUAGGAGAUUUAAAUUUACUCCUGUAUUAUCCCUACCUACAAUGAGUUUAGAAAAUAGGGGAACCAAACAAACUAAUAAUAUUAAUGGGUAACAUUUGCAGAGCAGUUAAUGUACUCCUAAUGCUAAAUGCUUUAUAAGAAUGAAGACUCAUUGACAGCCAAGUGUCACACAGCAGAACCAGAGUCAAGUGGCAGGAAAAGUGGCUUCUUUUUGAGACGGCGUCUGCAGGUUCUACACGGUAUUUCUUAGAGCCAGCCAGAUGGAGAAGCCAACCCGAGGAGCUCGCGGACUCUGUAGGGAAAGGCGGGCCGUUGUCGGUCGCUGGCGCCCAGGCGGCGUGCUUGGAGGACAGGACCAUAUGACUCUGUUGCUCAGGCUGAGAGCACAAACCAAGCAAUAACUCUUGGAAUAUAAAUCAAUGGUUGAUGCACAUGAAGAAAAAACUCCAGAAGAAAUCAUUCCAGAAAAGCAAAUUGAAACUAAAAUCGAAGACCUGGAAAAUGAAAUUGAAGAGGCGAAAGUUGCUUUUGAAAUGAAAAAGCUUGCAUUAGACAGGAUGCAACUUUCAAUUGCACUUAGAAAAAACCUCGAGAAAAGUAACAUCCAAACUAGUGUGCUCAUGGAUAACAUGGAACAUGUAUUAAAGCUAAAUAAAUUAAUAAUGCAAUCACAGCAGGAAUCUUGGGAUUUGGAGAAAAAACUGCUUGAUGUUCGAAAGAAGAGAUUUGAAUUAAAACAAGCUUCAGAAAGUAAGCUUUUAGAAAUACGGACUGAAAAGAACAAACAAAAAGAUGAUUUGGACAGUAUGGAAAAUUCAGACAAGAUAAAGACCUUACAACGAAACCUACAGAUGGAGAUACAAAUUACUACAGUUAUUCAACAUGUGCUCCAGAAUCUCAUUUUGGGGAGUAAAGUCAAUUGGGCAGAGGAUUCUGCCUUGAAGGAAACUGUUCUGCAGCUUGAGAAGAAUCUUGCCAUGAUCUAAUAAGAAUUCUAUUUUAGCAUUAUUUGUUUCUGCCUUUGGUAUACCAUUUAAAUAGCAAAUUUCAAGUGAAGUGUUUUUUCUCUGCUUUUGGAACUGGUAAUACCACAUUUGUUUUUUUAGCUUACUACUAUAACAUGGAAUCUGUUGUUUUAAAUGUGAUAAUUAAAGUGACUGGCAUACUCUAAAAGAAUCUGAAAAUCUUAGCCUUGCAAGGACCCUGAAAGACAUUAUCUAGUCUAGCUUCCCACUCAAUGGGACAUUUUUUUCUUCAUUCAUGGAAGUCCCAGCUCUCGUUUGGAAUACUUCUGUGCAUUUCUCUGUCUAAAAUAAAAUUUGAAUGAAAUAUAACUGACAGUUUAAAAAAAAUAAAGAUGUGGAUAUGCUUUUCUAAUUUUUCUAAUAUUUUGGUUGACAGAAAUGCACAGAAGUCUGCAAACAAUAGUGGACAAGGUCUGUAGUAAUUCUGAAAUACAGCUUGGCAAAUGAUAGGAGUUGUCCCUUCCUAGGGAUAGGGAACACCUUUUGAUUAGUCUGGUGUGGUCUCUGGAAGCAGUUCUUCAUCCAUGGUUUUUCACUCUGCCCUUCAGCAGGUUCUCCCUUUCCAUUACCUUGGUCAUAUCUGAAGAGGGCAUUAGAGAAUAUUCCCUUCUGAGCAGCUUGCUCAUUUGGGGACCCAAAAAUCUUACAUCUCAGUCACAGUCUUUUAAAAUCCAUGCUAGUGGGCCGCCGAGUGGUUCAGUUGGUUAAGAGUUGGCUUAAGAAUGCAAGC